AUGAAGUAUCGAUGUCGAGGGAACAAUGAUUGUGAUAUUACUGCUAACAACCAUAGCAUGUGUCGUGCUUGUCGCUAUUCAAAGUGCCUCUCCAUGGGAAUGAACGUCUCCAACCGACCAAAAAAUAUUCGAAAACCCAUGUCAACUCCCAAAAAAAUCAACUUGGAUCAACCGGGGACCACCUCCUUACUCCUAGAAGCUCUCCCACCAAAUUUCAGUGAUCAAGUUCCAAUACUGAACAAGAUGAAGGAAAACUACCAGAAGAUGGUCAAUGCCCGACUAGUGGUUCAUAAAGACGAGGGGGCUCCAAGAGUCUUGAAUUAUUUGGAGUCAGUGGAGCAAGGGAUGAAGGAUGUGGGGUUGGUAGCCGAUUGGAUUUCAGGGUGCUUUGAGGUUUUUGUGAUAUUGCCGAUGGAGCAGAAGAACAUUCUAUUCCGCAACUUCUACCCAAAAUUCUGCCUGCUCGAAGCCACAUUCAUGAGUCAUAUCAGACAUGCCCCGGAUAAAAUUACACUACCUUCUGGUGACAACAUUGAUAUGAAUAACUUGGACACGUUUUACUACGAUCCAGAAAAGGAUACUCAGAUGACGAAGGAGGAGAUUGAGAGAUCGGGAGGAUUCAAACCCGCGUCUACUGAAGUAAACUUCAGCCCGGAUAAGUAUAGACCUCACGCAGCGUAA